UUUCAUCUUGUUUCAUUAAGGCUCUUUGAUCACUUGAACUCUGUUUCAUGUUUGAAGUUUUGCAUAUCUGAUUAACUUGGCACAAGUAUAAUAGGCAGCCUAUGCAGGUUGUUAUUUGUACUUAGGUAGAGUAGAAUGGAGGUGGUGUCAUUAUUUUUAGAUUUGGCCUAGGUCAACAGAAAGGAUUAAAAGGAAACAACCAUCAUAAUCAUGCAGUAAUUCUUACCCAUUACAAACCACAGAAUAUUAAAUGAAAUGUUUUGAAAUCCAUUUGCUGUCACUUUACUGGUGGACAAUGACAAUCAAAUCAAUUUCACUUUUGUUUAGUCAGUUUCAUUUUAAUGUUUUCAGUACUGGAAACUUAGUUUUAAAACAAUUUUACAGUGGAAUUUUUGAAUAAGUUGUGGAGUCAUUUUUAUAAGCUUUUAUGUUUAAAAGGAACUCAUUCUUACAAACUGGAAACUUUGAACCAAAUUUAAAUUGACACUGUUUAAUCUGUGACUGAAAUAGACUACAAGGUUUUCCCAGACAUCCUCCUUGAGAAUUUAAAUGCAGUCAUUACUGUACUACCAGCCCAAAAGCUAGAAAACAAAACAACAAAACACUCCAGUUUCUAACACUGUACAAUUACUUAAAUAAUAGCAAAGACAGGAGAGUAAUCAGGUCGCUGUCUACUGGUGUUAUUGAUUGCUGUUGCCUGGACCUGCUCUGAGCAGAGUGGCUAGCCAGCAGUCAGUCUACACUAGUGCUCCACUCAUUGAUGACAGUGAGACACUUCACGAGGUGGGGUAGAAUAGUUUAGUUGACACAACCUAUUGGUUUUCCUUUGAAUGGACAACAGCUAGUAAGUAGCCGUUUAUUUUGCAGUUUGCUAGGGGUUCUUCACUUUUGAUCCUAAACGGUUUGAUUUUACGCAAGUAUAAGACUUCUCCUUCAGCAGCCAGCUGCAUGGCAGUAAAAGGGUAAAAGUAAUUAACCGAGCUUGUACAGUACAGUACUGUAGAUUUACAACAGUUUCCCCCUCUCGUCUUACUUGUUGCACAGAUCCCAAAGCACCCUCCUCCUGCGAAGGUGCAUGUCUUCCGGUUAACACUUGUCUGUUGUUUUGGCCAGGGCGAGUCAUCCGGUUUAAAACACAGGGAUGCGUUACACUAAAACCGUAUCGCCGCAAGUGCUUGUUCUUCACUAUAAAUCUGAUACAACUUCGUUAGAAAGCGUCAGACACGGAGCAUGAGGCUCGCUUGGGAGAGCGCUACUUGACCCCAGCAUUAGGAAUAAUAAAGGGAAGCGUCCACAGUCGCCUGCCAGCGGUGCCGAGCCAGGAGCGUGCGGACCAGAGGUGCGAGCUCUCGGGCCCUCCAGAAGAAGAGGCUGGAACCACAGCUAGCUCCGCCCGCCGGGGAGGCCGGGUUUCCAGGGCCGCGGCGGCAGCACGGAGCGAGCGCCCCGCAGCAGCCCCACGGGGGCGACUCACCCCGGCUCAGCCCUGGGGCGCGUUCCGCGGGGCGCUCGCAGCUCCGCCAUGGCCCGUCACAGAGACCCGCAGGGAAGCGGGGUCAUGAGCGUAGCAACCCUCCUCGUACGUCGUUUCCGCUCCGCAGGGGCGAAAGAAAGAAAGGACCGGGAGAGAGUGACAGCUUCCUCCCUAAAGAGAAAAGGAGUACUUGUGGCACCUCUUCCGCAAGAAGCAGGGAUAGGCUGGGAGGCGCUAGGGGGCGUGCCCUGCUGCGCAGCGAUAGGCUGUUGAUGGUAAAGGGCAGGGCCUCGGUGCCAGACGCUCUCCAGUAGGCUGUCCGGGUUGAAGGGGCGUGUCCCCGGUGCUAGGCGCGGUAUGAUAGGCCGCUUAGCGCGAGAGGGUGAGUCCCGGCGGCAGCAGCCUCCAGGGGCUGAGGUCCGUCUCGGCGGUAGCGGCGGAAGUCUCGCGAGGGAGCGUAGCCGGGAUUUGGCGGCUGGCUGCCUCCCUCUCGCUGGCUGCGAGGAGCUGCCUGGUGUUUGUGUGGAAGGGGGAGGAGGAGAAGGAAGGGAAGCGAGAGGAGCCCGAGCCCCGUAGCCUGCCCGCUGAGGGGAGCGGACUGGACCCCCCGCCCGCUCGUCCCCUCCCUCGCCCCGCCAUGGCCUCGGGGGACACCCUCUACAUCGCCACGGACGGCUCGGAGAUGCCGGCCGAGAUCGUGGAGCUGCACGAGAUCGAGGUGGAGACCAUCCCGGUGGAGACCAUCGAGACGACCGUGGUGGGCGGCGAGGAGGACGAGGACGAGGAGGAUGAGGAUGAAUGCUGCGAGGAGUGCGGCCCGCACCACCCGCCCCAUCACUACCACCACCACCACCAGCCCAUGAUCGCGCUGCAGCCGCUCGUCUCGGACGGAGACCCCAGCGGAGCAGGCGGCGGCGCGGGUGGCGGCGGCGGCGGGCAGCUCCACCUGCACCAUCACCAGGAGGUGAUCCUGGUGCAGACCCGUGAGGAGGUAGUGGGGGGAGACGACUCGGACGGGCUGCGGGCCGACGACGGUUUCGAGGACCAGAUCCUCAUCCCGGUGCCGGCCCCCGCCGGGGAGGACGAGUAUAUCGAGCAGACCCUGGUCACCGUGGCCGCCGCCGGCAGCAAGAGCGGUGGGGGCGGCGGCUCGUCCUCGGCCGGAGGCCGCGUCAAGAAGGGCGGCAGCGGGAAGAAAAGCAGCAAGAAGAGUUACCUGAGCGGGGGAGGCGGCGGUGGGGCCGAAGGCGGCGGAGGCAGGAAAUGGGAGCAGAAGCAGGUGCAGAUCAAGACCCUGGAGGGGGAGUUCUCGGUCACCAUGUGGGCCUCGGAUGAUAAAAAAGAUAUUGACCAUGAAACAGUGGUGGAAGAACAGAUCAUUGGUGAGAACUCUCCACCUGAUUACUCAGAGUACAUGACAGGAAAGAAACUUCCUCCUGGAGGAAUACCAGGCAUUGACCUUUCAGACCCCAAGCAGCUAGCUGAAUUUGCUAGAAUGAAGCCACGAAAAAUUAAAGAAGAUGAUGCUCCAAGAACGAUAGCAUGUCCUCACAAAGAACGGGAAACAGACAAAGAAAGAAGAAAGAGGGACAGUAGGAGAUGGACAGAGACAGACAUCACUUGCACAAAGAAUAUGGGGCCCACCAAAGGGCUGCACAAAAAUGUUCAGGGACAACUCUGCUAUGAGGAAGCAUCUGCACACUCAUGGUCCUCGAGUACACGUAUGUGCAGAAUGUGGCAAGGCCUUUGUGGAGAGUUCCAAACUAAAGCGACAUCAGCUAGUUCAUACUGGAGAGAAGCCCUUUCAGUGCACAUUUGAAGGAUGUGGAAAGCGAUUUUCACUGGACUUCAAUUUACGCACACAUGUGCGAAUUCACACUGGCGACAGGCCCUAUGUGUGCCCGUUUGACGGCUGUAAUAAGAAGUUUGCUCAAUCAACUAACCUGAAAUCUCACAUCUUAACACACGCUAAGGCCAAAAACAACCAGUGAAAGUAAGCGAGAAGAAAGCUCUUGAACUCUCAAAGCAUCUUACAGGAGUAUGGGAAUAAAUAUGCCUCCCCUUUGUAUAUUGUUUCUAGGAAAGAAUUUUAAAAAAAGAACCCUACCCACCUAAAGGACGUGUUUUGAUAAAGUAGUAAAUAAAUAAAUAAAAAAACUUUAAGAUGACGUUGCUAAGAUGCUCUACCUUGCUCUGUAAUCCAGUUUCAAGAACACGGUGUUUUGUAAAGUGUGCUCCCAACAGGAGGGGACAAUUGAUGAACUUGCAUCAAAAAGAGACAAUUCUUUAUACAACAGUGCUAAAAUUGGACUUCUUUUCACAUUCUUAUAAAUAUGAAGCUCACCUGUUGCUUACAAUUUUUUUAAUUUUGUAUUUUCCAAGUGUGCAUAUUGUACACUUUUUGGGGAUAUGCUUAGUAAUGCUAUGUGUGAUUUUUCUGGAGGUUGAUAACUUUGCUUGCAGUAGAUUUUCUUUAAAAGAAUGGGCAGUUACAUGCAUACUUCAAAAGUAUUUUCCUGUAAAGAAAAAAGUUAUAUAGGUUUUGUUUGCUAUCUUAAUUUUGGUUGUAUUCUUUGAUGUUAACACAUUUUUGUAUAAUUGUAUCGUAUAGCUGUAAUGAAAUCAUGUAGUAUCAAAUAUUAGAUGUGAUUUAAUAGUGUUAAUCAAUUUAAACCCAUUUUAGUCACUUUUUUUGGAAAAAUACUGCCAGAUGCUGAUGUUCAGUGUAAUUUCUCUUUGCCUGUUCAGUUACGGAAAGUGGUGCUCAGUUGUAGAAUGUAUUGUACAGGCACUGACCUUUUAUUAACACCUGAUAAUAUGUACAACCCAUGUAAUAGAAAGGACAACAAUAAAACAGUGGUCCUAAAGAAAGAGUAUGGCAGAAGAUGAUCUGUAAGCACAGUCUAUUUUCUUUUUUUGUCCAGAAUAAUUACAGUUCUUGAACCUCCCAGAAAUUGGAAGCUUAAAUAAAAACUCAAGUUUCCUUUA